UCGCUAGUAUAGCGGGAAAAUGUUGUAUUAAUGACAAGAUGUUUAUACGCAUGUCGUGUGGAUUGGUCAGAGAGUGACCAAUAGAAAUUGAUUUUGAGGUGUAGUAGAGAACUGGUUUUUAAAAGUUGGUCACUUCUUGCCGCCGACUUAAGCGUGCAACAGCUUAAUUAUGGACGCCGGGGAAGUUCAACAGCAAAUAAAUCAGUCAAUUCAACAGGCCAACAAUGAGAUUGUGAGUCAGUUUUCCAGUAUUUUGGACAAUAGACUUUCGACAGUGCAGAGAAGUAUAAAUGAAAAUCAAAAAAUUAUCGCCGAGCGGCAAGAAGCAAAGUUCGAGCAAGUGUUCACAGAUAAUUAUAAAUUCAAAAAGCGCGGUAAUGAAGAACAGUAUAAGCACAAUGUUAAAGUAAUGGCAAAGCUGAAGGAGGCAAACGAAGAACUGGAAGACAACUGCAUUCAAGGAGUGAGACAAAAGAUAACAGAAGGUUAUGACUUGAUUAAACAGAGACAAAAACUAGUUAAGUUAGCAGAUUCGUCAUCGACUGGGUGGAGAGCUGUAGAUGAAUAUGUAAAGAACCAAAUAGCUUCGGACUCAGAUGAUGAAAAAAGAAUUUCCAAGGCGCAAACGAGGGCAGAGAGAAAAAUCAAGGACGAACGUAUCAAACGUCGAAGGGAUAUGCGAGAGAAGUGGAGGCCCUACCCUUCUAUCAACGCUACAGGAGGCAGUACUUCAACCUCUACUACGCCCGAUGUAUGGAGAUCGGGCCAGUGCUACAGGUGUCAUAAGAAGGGACACUGGAGAAAGGAUUGUACAGAAAAAAACAGAUGAAAAGAUAAGUAGUUUUGUAUUUGAAUGUUUUGACACAAAG